AUGAUUCAGAAGGGUGAUGCGAGUGUGACGCUUCUGCUGCGUCUUCCCACCUCCCUUUCUUGCCUGCUUCCCUGCUGCACCAAUCACGGGGCGGCAGGUGUACCGAGGGAGGCUCAAGUCGGGAGAGGUGGUGGCGGUGAAACGAGCCAAGGCGGAGCGACGGCAGGACAUGCGCAAGUUCAAGAAGGAGGUGCGAUGGAUGAAGCUGCUGUCUCGAGCAAAGCACAAGCAUUUGGUGCAGCUGUUGGGGUGUUGCCGGGAGGCACAGGAGAAGCAGGUGGUGGGUAUGAGGAGCCUCAGAAGCUCUUUUGGGGCGCCUCAAGAGGAGGGAAAAGAGAGGAUACCCCCUCACAGACCCUUACCUCCCUUCCUCCUUUCCCUUUUCCUCCUCAUCCACCCUUCCAGUAUAUUGCGGGGAGGAGCAGGAGCAGCUUCUGGUGUGAUGCUGCUGUCUCGAGCGCGCCACAAGCAUCUGGUGCAGCUGCUGGGGAAUUGCCGGGAGGACCAGGAGCAGCUUCUGGUCUACGAGUUAUGCUUCUAUCCAGGGCGCAUCACAAGCAUCUGUUGCAGCUGCUGGUGUACGAGUUCAUAGGCGGGGGAAAGGGGUGGAACCCCCCUGCUACACACAGAACCUCAACCUCCUCUUCUUUCCCUCGUUCCCCCUCACCCACCCUUUCAACCCUCCCCUCCCAUCUUCCCCUCUGCCAGGUGAUGCUGCUCUCCAGGGCGCGCCACAAGCAUCUGGUGCAGCUGCUGGGGUAUUGCCGGGAGGAGCAGGAGCAGCUGCUGGUCUACGAGUUCAUAGGCGGGGGAACCCUCUCUCACAACCUCAAUGCGCCCUGGCGAGCCAGACAAAACAAGCCGCCCCUCAACUGGACCGAGCGGCUGCUGGUGGCGGCAGGCACGGCGCGCGCGCUGGCGUACCUGCAUGAUGACGUCAGCAUGCCCUUCAUCCACCGGGAUGUGAAGCCCGGCAACAUCCUCUUGGAUCGACAUGUGGUGGCGAAGCUGGCAGACUUUGGAACGUCAAGAGCCGUGGACACAUCGUCGUAUUCUGCAACCAUCCAGGGCACUGCGGGCUACUGCGACCCCGACUACCUCAAAUCAGGGCAGCCAUCGAAGCGCAUAGACGUGUACAGCUUUGGCAUCGUGCUGCUGGAGCUCAUCACUGGCAAGUCGCCUAGAGGCAUCUCCAGGCCGUACCGCUUUCACGUCCAAGAUCUGCUGGAUAAGAAGGGGCUAGCAGGGAUUGUCGACCAAUCCAUGGGCAUUUACCCUGAAAAGGAGGUCACCAGCGUGCUCACCCUGGCCUUCAAAUGCACGGACAUUAAGAACCCUGCUGCCCGGCCGUCCAUGAACCGUGUGGUAACCGAGUUGGAGUCAGUGUUAGAGCCUGAGCGAGUGCUCCCGGUUACAUCGGCGGUAACACGGCAAAUACACCACCAACAUGAUAUAAGCUUGUCCCGAGGAGUCGGGGACGAGAGGGUUACAGAGGCGCACGAUGAAAAUGUGCAAGAUAUUGGGGAGUCGAAUAAUGUGACAGUAAUGGAAGAGAUAAGCGGAGAGGUACGGCAAGGUCAUGAUGAUUUCAGGGAGGGGGGUGUUAUAGGAGAGGGUGGAAGCGUGGAGCUGUCGUUUGAUUGGAAUUUGCAAGAGGGAGGCAGUGGUGGGUUGGGGCGAGAUAGGAGAAACGCUUCCAUGGUGGGGGAUCCGGAUAGGCCAAGCAGUCUCUCCCACUGGCUUACCAUGAGGUCCCCGCGCCGCUUCAUUUGCGUUCCGUCGCUUAUUCUGCUAUUUCUUCUCGCUCAUACCUCCAUUUUCGUUUCCGCUGACGGAUCUCCUUCAGGCGCUAGCCAGAAUCCGUCCGAGAACUUCGAUUUCCCCACCUUUAGCGCGGAUGACGAGGAACUCAUUAUGGCGUACGAGAGGAAGUUCGCAGCCAGAUCCGGCGAGGAGGAGGUGUCGUACGAGCAAGCGUAUCAUCUGGGAGAGAAACUGAGAGCUCGCGGUGUGACUGCAGCGGAUGUGCUACAAAGUGAAGGCGAUGUUUUGGCGGGAAAGGUUCAAGAGGAGGGAGGCGCGCAGACGGAAUCCGUAAAUGACGACGUUGCCCGUCAAGAGUUUCCGCGGAGAACUCUCUCUGCAACUUCCGCCUCCCCCUCCGCCUCCGCUUCCGCUUCCCCUGAUCAGUCCGCGCUCGCGACCCAAACCAUCGCGCGUCUUCGCUCGCUCGGCUUCCGAACCUUCGCGUCCGCUCUGGAGAAAACGGACGUUCUCUCCGCACUCCCUUCGACCGUCGCGCGCCCUGGGGGGUUCUCCCUCCUCGUCCCCUCGGACCGCGCGUUCCUUCAUCUCCCGCAAGCCGUACAGAAGCUAUUAAGAGGCCCGGACGCGAAAGCCGUACUUAAGAACCUCAUUCUAUACCACAUUUUUCAGCCGCGGAUUAAUUUUAACUACUUUUUGAAGCUCAGAGGACGGCGCGUGAAGACGCUGCUUAGAGACCAGACUCUGACCGUUGGAUUCGGGCGCUCCGGCUUUCCCGCAGCGCCGACAGUCGCGGGAGGGGAGUCUCUUUGGUUUGCUCCCUCUGACGGCGGAAAGCGGGUUGCGGAUAGCAGCAGCGCCAGGCCCGCUGGUGGCGGUAGCGCGGGUACCGUUGUGAUUGUAAAAGAUGUUGCUUAUAACGGGCUCGCGAUCUGCCAGGCUGUCAGCGUGGUGCUCGUUCCGCCGUUGGAUCUCCUUUCGCCUCCCAACGCAUUACCCUCCGCCGCCACCACCACCACCACCGCGACUAAGGCUAAGAACGCGCCUCCGGUUUCCAAAACCAAGUCGCCCGCCAACGGCGGAAGUGGAGGGAAGAUUCGUCCGCCUCCAUUGAAGAAAAACGUCGUCGAAUCCGCCUCCACGUUCGGCGGCAGAAUUGCAGCCGCGGCAGGUGCGGGGAAGCGCGGAAAUGCAGCGCCAGUGGCCGUGCCGAGUCCCGUUAUCCGACCGUCUUCCAUAACGUUAACCCCGCAGCAGCAGGUGCUCUACUGGCUGUCACGCCACGGGCUGGGCCGCACCGCCGCGAAUCUCGCGCAGUCCGGCGUGCUGGAUCUCGCGACGGCGGAUAACCCGGUUACCGUUCUCGCGCCAACGCAGCUCGCGUAUCGCUUCCUCCCCUGGACGGUCCGGCAGCUGUUCUUCACCGCGUCGGGGGAACAGGUGUUACCGCGGCUGAUGAAAUACCACGUUAUAACGGAGCGGCUUACAGUGAAGCAGCUGCGGUCGGCCGGGAAUAACAAGUAUCCGACCCUGUUGGAUGAACACCCCGUUGAUACGAAAGUAGGCUCGACAUUUGUCCGUUUCUCUCCCGAGCCUCCGGAUUACGCCGCCGCGACCAUCAUCCCCGGGUCGUCCUUCAGCAACGGCAUCGCGACCGUCCACGUCAGCAGCUCCGUGCUCAUCCCGCCGUACGAUCUCCUCUCCGUCCCAGAGCCUCCCACCCCCGCGCCCGUCCCCCCGCCGCUCGGCCCCGCGCCCGGCCCCGGCCCCUCCCCCGCCCCCGCAGCAGCGGGGACCCAAGCGCUAGAUAUGGUGGGGGACUUGGAGGCGGAAGGGGGGAGUUUCUGGGAAGAGGCUAGACUCAGGGCUUCCGCUCCCGUUCCCCCUCCCCCUCGCCCUCCGCUUCCCCUGCCGCCGCCCCCGCCCACGGGCGGGUUCGUCCCGAAGCGCCAGCUAAUCUCGUUUGACGACGCGCGCGGGGAGCCGUACAGCGCCGCGCCUCCCCCCAUGGCGGAGCCUCAUAGCACCGCGCCUCCCCCCAUUGCCGUGGACUUGGCGCAGGAAGGGGAAGGGGAAGGGGAGGGGGAAGGUGAAGGGGAAGGGGAGGGGGAACGAGAAGCGGACGAGGUUGACGAGGUUCGGGAAGCGGCGCUAGAGACAGCAGCGGGUUCGGAGGGGAGGGAGGUGUACGGCAAACCUGGUUCCGAAUCAGGUGCUUCCUCAGGUGCUGCCUCAGGUGUUUCUUCAGGUGCCAGGCGUGUGCUUCCUGAGCUAUCACUCAGCGCCCGCCAGCAGACCAUAGACGAGCUAGCAAAGCGCGGCCUCACUGUACUCGCUAAGAACCUCGCCGCUACAAGGAUACUAGACUCCCUAUCCGGCCCCGCUACACUCCUCGCGCCCACCAACCUAGCCUUCUGGACCCUCCCUCUUCCCAUUAAAGCCCUCCUGAUGGGUCCCAAGGCGGACUUAGUUCUUAGAAACCUCGUGGCCUAUCACAUCCUGCCACGUGGCCGCGUGUCGUCGAAGCAGUUUGAGGCGGGGAUAGAGGCGGCGGGGAUCGAGGGGUAUGAGAUAUUUGACACGCUGCUGGAGGGGACCAGUGUGAAGGCGGAGCACGUGGGGAAGGCCCUCGCCUUCUCGCCGCUGCCCAUGGUGCCCCUGCUGAGCCGAGUGGCUCGGGUUGUCGCGUCGGAUAUUAAUACCGGAGCUGAUGCUGCUGCUAACGAAGCUGAUAGUAGCGGGGAUGAUGCUGGUAGCGGGGAUGCUGGUAGCGGGGACGGAAUCACGAUCCAUGUGAUCAACCGAGUGCUCAUUCCGCCGGUCAAAGUGCUGCUAGCGCCCUUCGAUUCCCCCUCCUCCUCCUCCUCCUCCUCCUCCUCCUCCUCCGCCGUCUCCGCUUCCUCCUCCCCUACAGGCGUAGCAACAGCAGCAGCAGUUAACCCUUUCAGUGCGGCAUAUGCUGCUUCGGCCCAAUCCAUGGUCUUACCAAUGGUCGUAACCUCUCCAAGCGAACCCCCUCCCCCACCUCCCUCACCUCCCUCGCCGCCCCCUCCUCCUACGGCGGACGACACCAUAAUGAGCCGCCUGCGCCUCUUCGGGUGCACCAAGACGGCCGACAUGAUCGUACGCUCCGGCUUCAUCGCGCUCCUCACCACCGCCACAUCCCCCAACGUCACCUUCUUUGCUCCCACUGACGACGCGCACGCCCGCAUCCCCGCACCCGUGAAGCAGCUUAUCACAGACAACGGCGCUGCGGCCGAGACGCUUCUCCUGAGCUACCAGGGGGUUUUCGGGAUUCAGACCUACGCGGAGCUGACUAACAAGUCGACCGGGUCGCUCCCAACGCUGUUGACGGAUAUGUCUGUCACGCUGACCAAGACCCGCUGCCCGUACUUCAAGAGGGACUUCCGUCAGUCCCAUCAGUGCGAAUCACUCGAGGCGUCCAUGUAA